ACUCCAACUACCCCCACCAAGCCACCUACCGAUCGCGGACCUUUAUGCCAGCCUCCACUUUUUUUCUCUUCAUUUCUCCCUGCAGAAGCACGCUCGGAACCGAGAUCUCAAGUUGGAUUUGGAGUUUAUUCAUUUAAUCAAAGGUGCGAGCUUGGUGAGCAUACAUCGGAAGGUGAAUCAUUUUUCAUUUCAUACCCAUUUCCAUUUGGAUCCCGUUCUUCUACUGAAAUUUUAGGUUGGAUUCUGGAUUUUGGUCGGAAUUUUGGAAUUCUGUUAGACUGAGAUCUUGGUAAAAGCUUUCCUUUGGAAAAUAAAAAUGUUGUUUUUUCUCCUAUUGUAAGUCUGAUAUCGGGAACUAGCGAUUUGGUUGAUAUUCUUCUCAUCUUGGGUGGACUGAAGGCUUCGUUUUUUAUCUUCGUCUUACGAUGAUUAUUGGUUGGAUGGUUGGAUUCUUCGAUCUGUAUACUGGCGCAUGAGAUGGCGAGCGGUCUGUUCAGCAGGAGCGUUGCGGCUCGAUUAGCUCCUACCACUUUCCGCAAUCCUAGGGUUUCUGUUCAUCGAAAAUUGUGGCUGGUACGCAGACCUUCCUUUGCUGAUCUCGCGGCGGCCUUCUGUCUUGCUUCCUUCGUUUUGGUUUUCGGUUGCAUUGUGCAUCUCUAUCUAUUCCGAUACUCGGGAAGUGGGAGAUUGAUUGCUGGAUAUAUUGGGGAUACUGAUGCAUGCGAUGCCUUAGAUGGUAGUUGGGUUCCAGAUAACUCAUAUCCUCUGUAUAAUAGCUCGGAGUGUCCCUUUGCUGAAAGGGGAUUCAAUUGUUUGGCAAAUGGGAGAAGGGAUAUGGACUAUCUAAAGUGGAGGUGGAAACCAAGGCAAUGUGAUGUACCCAAAUUCAAUGCCCAUUAUGCCCUUGAAAUGCUUAGAGGGAAAAAGGUCAUCUUUGUGGGGGAUUCCAUGAGCCGAACACAGUGGGAGUCACUUGUAUGCAUGCUUUUGACUGGAGUGCAGGAUCCCAGUAGUGUUUAUGAAGUCAAUGGAAACCAAAUAUCAAAGACAACCCCCUAUUUAGGUGUUCAUUUCCGAACUUUCAAUCUAAGCAUAGAGUUCUUCCGUUCUGUGUUUCUUGUACAACAAGGAUCACCGCCAAGACAUAGUCCAAAACGAGUUCGAACAUCACUUAAGCUGGACAAGAUGGAUGAAGUAAGUGGGAAGUGGGUUGAUUCAGAUGUACUCAUAUUCAACUCUGGGCAUUGGUGGACUCCAAGCAAACUCUUUGAGAUUGGUUGCUAUCUCCAGGCUGAAGGAGCAGUGAAGCUUGGAAUGUCUAUCAAAACUGCAUUUAGAAUUGCUUUAAACACUUGGGCUUUUUGGGUUAAGACAAAGGUCAACACAAACAGAACUCAUGUCUUUUUCAGAACUUAUGAGCCUUCUCAUUGGAGCAGUGGCUCAAACCAAAAAGUCUGCAAAGUGACAAAGCAACCUUUAUCCGAGGCCAAAGCAAAUGACAGAAGUGAGUUUGCAGAUAUAAUAUCUGAGGUCAUUGGAAAUAUGUCAGUUCCUGUCACUGUACUCAAUGUGACUUCAAUGGGAGCAUACAGAAGUGAUGCUCAUGUUGGUGCCUGGAGUUAUCCUCCUACGAUUCUUGAUUGCAGCCAUUGGUGUCUUCCUGGCGUGCCAGAUACUUGGAAUGAGCUUUUGUUCUCGUAUCUUCCGAGAAAAGGCAGGAGAAAAUUAGGAUAACGGAUGGAGGGCAUGAUAUCUUGUUCAUACCUUAUUACAAUUUAUUAUUCUUUUGUGGUGUCAACAUGGCAAGUGCAGAGGAAGCACAGGAUCACCUAUGAUGGAGUAGGUUCCACUAAUGCCAGCCAAGAACACUAGCUCCAGUCCAUUUUUUUUCUAGUUCAUAAGAUUUUCAGUUACCUCCGAGUUCUUGUAUAUGGAAGGGGUAAAGUAUAAUACUACAACAUGAAUUUGUUUACUUUUCUUGGAAGAGCAUGUAUUUUUUUUAUCCAUGGGGAGCUUUGUAUCUUAAUUAAAUGAGAGAAACAUAUGAGAACAUGGUAUUUGACAGCUGGCAGUUAGAGAAAUUGGCUUCACUUUACAGCUUGCAGAUGAGAUACUUCAGUUUCUUAGUAGACUGUUUUCACGUUUAAA